ACCAAAGGACCCAGUCAUUUUCAAUUCACAUUGGUUUCCUUGCAUAGGAAGUUCCUACUCAGGAGUCCUGAGUCACUGGAGGACAAGCACCAAUUUUACUUCAAGGAGGCUCUCUUCUCCUUCUCCUCCACCAAGAAGAUGGGCGGCCAAGAGUUUUGCGACCGCUACCAAGAGCAGCUGGAGAAGGAGCUGGUGGAGAUGUGGGAGUCGUUCACCAAGCACAACGAGUCAAAGAAUCUGUUCAGUGCAUUCCGAACUCCAGCCGUGCUGUUCGUGCUCGUCUGCCUCCUGUACGAGCUGUCGGGUGUGCUGCUCUUCGUGGGCCUGUCCACCUUCGCCCUGGUGUGCGACUGCGUCCUGGGCUUGGUCAUGAUGUCCAUGCUGACUUGGGCCUUCAUCCGCUACUCGGGCCGCUACCGGGAUGUGGGCGGAGCCAUCGACCUGGCGGCGGGCACCGUGCUGGAACAGGCCACGGUGGUGCUGAACAAGUCGAGAGAACAGAGGCUAUCCAACGUGAAGAGAGGACCGGCGAGGCUUUUGGUCAUCUCGACGCCACGCAAAUCUACAGCCGACACAGAGCCGCAUUCAGCCUUAUCAUUGCGCCCCCACCCCCCUUCCAUUUCUUCUCCCCUAACCCUUUCUCUGUGAGAACAUACAACACCAAAAAAAAAAAAAAAAAAAGCACAAGAGAAGGAUACAUUCCCAAAAGCCAGCAUGUUUCAUACCCGCGUUGGGACACAAGCUGCCUGCUUUGAAAGCAUCGCACCUUCUGUCGAUCCUGCCGCAUUUCCAAAA